AAGUGGCGCUCAAGUCGGGGAAAGAAAGAGAACAAAGUCGGUAACUUGGCAGGAACGGUUGAAGACCAGUGCGCCAAGCAGAGAGCGAGGACUGCGAGGGAAAGUGAGGCGCACCCGCCCGGCAGCUUGCCCUGCAGCAAGGGGCGGGACUUCCGGAAGCCAUUUGCCGGAGUGGCAGGGGGACCGGAAGUGGAGGCGCUGCUGGUUGGUGCUGGGGCCCGAGGAGGGGACGCGCGCUGGAACGCGGCCGUCUGGAUCAAGCGAGCGACUGAAGCGCAACCUGCCGACGCCGCAGCCGCUGAGGGCCCGCACGGACCCUCUGCCUCUGUGUAGAAUGAGCCAAGGAGACUCGAACCCAGCAGCUAUUCCACAUGCAGCAGAAGAUAUUCAAGGAGAUGACAGGUGGAUGUCUCAGCAUAAUAGGUUUGUUCUGGAUUGUAAAGACAAAGAGCCAGAUGUGCUGUUUGUGGGAGACUCCAUGGUGCAGUUAAUGCAGCAGUACGAGAUAUGGCGGGAGCUGUUUUCUCCACUUCAUGCUCUUAAUUUCGGAAUUGGGGGAGACACAACACGACAUGUUUUAUGGAGACUAAAGAAUGGAGAGCUGGAGAACAUUAAGCCUAAGGUCAUUGUUGUCUGGGUAGGGACAAACAACCACGAAAAUACAGCAGAAGAAGUAGCAGGUGGGAUUGAAGCUAUUGUACAACUUAUAAACACGCGGCAGCCACAGGCCAAGAUCAUUGUACUGGGUCUGUUACCUCGAGGUGAGAAGCCCAACCCUUUAAGACAAAAGAAUGCCAAGGUGAACCAGCUUCUCAAGGUUUCCCUGCCGAAGCUUGCCAAUGUGCAGCUCCUGGAUAUAGAUGGGGGCUUUGUGCACUCGGACGGUGCCAUCUCCUGCCACGACAUGUUUGAUUUUCUUCAUCUCACAGGAGGGGGCUAUGCAAAGAUCUGCAAACCCCUCCAUGAACUGAUCAUGCAGUUGCUGGAGGAAACACCAGAGGAGAAGCAAAGCACCAUUGCUUGACUGGCCCCAUCAGUGUUAACAGCAUCCCAGCUUCCUCAGAUCAGUUAGACCACUGGCACUACAGAAUCCUUUCUUAAGGCACUUUGCAUUGUACAAUGUUCCUGGAUGCUUGUAUGUUUGAAGGGGAGGAAGGGUUUAAAUUGGUCCUGUAUAUAAAGGUUUUGUUUGAGAGAGGAGAAAAAUUAGCCAAGGAAGAUUCAUUUGAAACCAUAAGGGGACUUUUUAGUUGUUAUGACACAUUUGUAGAAUUAUCACUGUUUUUCCUAGGACAACAUCAAGCAAGAGUACAAUAUGAAGAUUCUUUUCUUGGCCCUUUUUUCUAUGGAUUAUGUCAUGUGUGAUAAUUAUCAUAUCUACUUGGCUUUAAACUUAUUUUUGGUCCAGUUUUAAGGUUCAUGAGUUAGUAUGUUGUGUUGUUUUGUUUGAUUCAUGUAUCCUCAGUAUUUUUAUUAACAUAUAGCAUCAGAUUAAACAUGCUUGUCACUCCAGUAUGGGAGAUGCUACAAGUGAGUUUGUUCCUCUCAAUCUUAAGCAGUGAAAACAAGAUCUGGGGACUCUGGGAUAUUGUUUUUAUUGCUGCUCAUUAUCGUGUCUGUAAUAGACCCAUGCAUGCAGCCUUUCCUCUGCUUCCCUUUCAUCUCUUCACAGGUGGGUUAUUUACAUUGCAAACUUUUAACUCAUUUUUUAUCUAGGACAUGCACUGCCGUCAGGAUGAUCUUACUGAUGUAUAACUCAUUCUGUGUGGUGUUCUGUGAUGUAGGGUCUGUGUAAUGUUAAACUUCCAGAGUUCUGCUUGUCAUACCUCCCCCCACUCCCAACCUGUUGUUUUCCUUUGUUUUGGGUUUAAGUGUGGUCAGAAUUGUUUCCCAUUCCAUAAUGCCUGAUGUUAUUUCAAGUUUUAUAUUAUCUUAAGGUGUAUAUGUUUGUUUUCAUUUUAUAUAUAUUAUAUAUAUAAAUAGAUAUAUUUUACAGUACUGGACUCAAACCCAGGGCCUAGCACAUACUAAGCAAGUGCUCUGCCACUGAGGUAACCCCUAGACAUGUUUAUUUGUUUGUUUGCUUGCUUGUUUGUUUUUUAAUUGGUUUAAUUCUUAAAUUCUAUCAGUAAAAAGAAAAUGUUGUUUUUUCCCAUGGGAAACAGUGAAGCUGCUCUCAUAAUAGAUGUGCUAUCUUUAUCAUUUUUUUCCCCUUUUUUGUUUUUGUUUUUUGAGAGAGAGUUUCUCUGUAUAGUCCUGGCUGUCCUGAAGCUCUGUAGACCAGGCUGGCCUUGAACUCAGAGUUCACUUGCCUCUGCUUCCCAAGUGCUGGAAUGAAGAUGCACCACCACACAUCCCUUUAGCUGUGCUAUCUUUACCAUUUUAGUAAAGAUAAACUAGGUUCCUUGGUUUGCUCUUUGAGACAGAGUCUCAUAGUAUAGCUCUGCCUAGCCUGGAAUUUGCACUGUAGACCAGGCUAAGUGUUGAACUCACAGAAAUCUGCCUACUCUGGACUCCCGAGGACUGGGAGUAAAGGCAUGCACCACCAUGGAGGUAGUUCAUUGAUAUUUUAAGGUUCCUUAUAUAAUUUAGUGUCUUCGUCGAGAUUUCAAGAGAGCUUUUUACAUUCCUACUGGUUUGCUUGAGCUACACAAACUGCCACUUGACAGAACAAUAGAUUAUUGGUUAUCUAAUAUGCCUAUGGACCCGUAUAAACUAGAUCUACAAACAUUUUAACUGGACCAGGUUGGGGAUUGAAGUAAUUCAUUAAAUGUGCUCUGCAAUGAUUUUGCUUAAUGGUCACAUUCUGUAGCUAUUAUCUAAGUUAUUAUGUUUUGCCUUCAGAGCAGACAUCAGGGCUGUUAGAGGAACUGUUGUUGGUUUGUGCUGAGACCUGCACCUGACUGAGAGGGAUAGAAGUUGAGGUGUUUUUUCCCCUGGUGAGCAUCUGUGUAGGAAUUUAAGGCAUAGUGUUGUGAAUGUAUCAUGUCUUCAUUAGCGACAGGAAAUUAUACAUGGUGUUUACUAAAAUUGUUUACUACAGUAAAAUUCCCUUUUAUUUUUUUAGUAGCCCAAGUUCUUGAGUUUUUCAAGACAGAUUGUUUUCUGAACUGAGGUAUAAUUUUAGGAAGGAGAGUUAAUUAAGCUAGAAUUUUGUGUGUAAAAAGAACAUUUCCUACCCAAGUGUUUCUUUGUUCCUCGGAGAGUGGGAGUAUGGUCCAAAAGAAUCCAUUAGGUUACUCCUGCAGCAUGCACUUGUAGUUUUCUCUUGACCAAGGAUGAACUAGUCCUGUGAGCUGGCCUUCAGCUCCUGCAUAUGUGUAUAAACCUCAGAUGUUACUACAUUUUAUAUCUACCAGAGCUCUUCAAGCAAUAGUAUUUGAACCACUAGCCUUUUAAAUAAAACUCUGUCCUAUUGCUAACAUGCAGAUAUGGAGUCCACUGUCAUUUCUUGCCAGGUUUAUUUGUGCUGUUUACCCCUAAAAUUGUUGAUUGGUUUUUCUUUGGUUGAUAUCCCAGACCCAGAUUGCUUCAGUGACAGACCAGUUAGUCUUUGUGGUUUUUUUAAAGAUGUGAACAAAACUGCUUUGCCAUUGGUUAAGGGGCCAGCCAGCCAGGACAGAUACUGUUUGUUUUUUUGUUUUGUUUUGUUUUGUUUUUUUGGUUGGUGGGGUGGUGAUUUUCUUAGAGUCUACAUGUUCCCUGGCUGCCCUUGAACUUUUGGUGAUCCUCCUGUCUCUGUCUCUCCAGUACUGGAAUUACAGGCCUAUUCCACCAUGCUUGACUUGUUCUGUUCCUUUCCCAACAUUUUUCUUCUCUUGAGACAAUGUCUCAGUGUAUGUAGUACACUCUGGAUUACCAUGAGCUGUGGAUGCCCUUGAACUCAGUCCUUUUGCUUCUACCUUCCAAGUACUAGAGCUGUUUCUCUACUAUGGCAGGUGGAGAUGCCCUGGCAUUGUAGAUUACCACUGGCAGUGCUCUGGCCACCAUGUCACCUCUGCUAGGACUUUUGAGGACUUCUAUCUAAUCCUGAUACUUCUGUCAAAAAUCAUUACCCAGUAAAAUAAGUCUUGACUAAGUAGCUCAUGCCCUGUUCUUAAGAAUUAUAACUCAUUGUUUAAAAAAAAAGUCCCAAUUUAUGUUUGCAUUUUCAGCAUAACCACUUAACGGCUGUAUGCUCUGCCUGAAACCUGUCUGUGCUAAGGUGUGUGAAUAUUGCCAGUUUUCUGUUUAUUACAGUGAUGAAAACUAGAAACUUUGGAAAGGGAGCAUGGCCAGCUCCUGAUUCUGAGCAGUUUGUGUGGGAACAGUGAGGGGGGCCUUGGUCUUUGCCACGACCACUACAGCAGGCUGACUGAACCUCCCCAGGGGAGCUUGUGACUAUGCUUUGGCAAAGGCUUCUUGAUUAGAAUCCAUUCUGUUCAGUGCUCAUUUAAUAUAAAAGUCGACAUUUCACUG